AUGCAGAGCCGGGCUCACUACGACUUUCGCUCCGACACCGUCACGGUGCCAACCAAGGAAAUGGCGCUGGACAUGAUCCAGUGCGAAGUUGGCGAUGAUGUCUUUGAGGAGGAUCCCACCAUCAACGCCCUGCAAGACUACAUGGCGGACAUUACCGGGCAUGAGGCGGCACUGUUUUGCGCAACAGCCACCAUGACCAACCAGGUUGCGAUUCGCUCUCAUCUGCAAGUCCCGCCGUACAGCGUCGUGUGCGAUCGACGAGCCCACGUCUUUCGAUACGAGGCUGGCGGCAUAUCCUUCCACUCAGGUGCUGCCGUCAACCCGGUCCUGCCGAAGGAGGGAUACCACCACCUGACCGCGGACGUGAUUGAAGCCAAUAUGGUUCUCGAUGACGAUGUGCAUUUUGCUCCCACUCAACUUGUUUGCAUCGAAAACACCCUGAACGGCGAGAUCUUUCCCCUUGACGAAAUCAAGAAAAUCUCGCAACUUGUCCGCUCCAAGGGCGUGCGCAUCCAUCUUGACGGCGCCCGACUGUGGAAUGCAAGUGUGGCCACCGGCAUCAGCAUUAAGGAGUACUGCCAGCAGUUCGACUCGGUCUCUCUCUGUCUGUCCAAGGGCCUCGGUGCCCCUGUUGGCUCUGUCCUCGUUGGAUCCAAGACGUUCAUCAAGAAGGCCAGACAUAUCCGCAAGGUCUUUGGUGGCGGCUGGAGACAGGCAGGCAUCCUUGCGCGUGCUGGUCUCUAUGCCAUCGAACACCACCUACCCAAUCUCAAGCGAGACCACGAGCAUGCCAAGAUCCUCGCCAACGGCCUCGUUGAGCUUGGGUUUGUGCUGGUGCACCAACCCCACACGAACAUGGUCUUCUUUGACGGCAAGAAUGUCAAGCUCCCCGGUGGCGACGGCUUCACGAUGGAAAAGUACUCGGCGAUGCUGGCUCGUCACGGCAUCAAGGUCUUUGGUGGCGAAACAAGCAGCGGCCGGCUCGUCCUGCACCACCAGAUCCCGACGGAGGCGGUCGAGCUGCUCUUGCGAGUGACCAGGGAAUGGAUCCAGACGGGCAACUGA